ACAUCAGAUAGAGUGAAGUGAGUACUGAGUAGAUAGAGUUGAAUUCUUUUCCUCAUUCACUCUGUAACAAUGGCGUCGUCUUCUCUAUCCUCCGCCUACUCUCAUCUCAAUUCUCCUUCUUCUUCUUCUUUAUGGAGGAAUAACAAUGUCAGUAUCAAGCUCUCCUCUUCUCUUGUAAUUUCCCCCGCCAGCUUGUCUUCAAUUUCGAAACAUUCUCCGCUAUUCUUUCACAACAAUUCCUCUCAAUCUCCGAGGCGCGGUCUCUCAGUUAUCGCAAUGGCGCCUCCUAAGCCCGCCGGGAAGUCCAAGAAAGUGGUUGGAUUGAUAAAGCUGGCGCUGGAGGCAGGGAAGGCCACACCUGCUCCUCCAGUGGGACCAGCUCUUGGUGCCAAAGGUGUAAACAUUAUGGCUUUCUGCAAGGAUUACAAUGCCAAAACUGCUGAUAAAGCUGGUUAUAUCAUUCCCGUCGAAAUCACCGUCUUUGAUGAUAGAAGCUUCACUUUCAUAUUGAAGACGCCGCCUGCUUCUGUUUUACUUCUUAAGGCUGCAGGAGUGGAGAAAGGGUCUAAGGAUCCACAAAUAGAGAAAGUGGGUAAGAUAACAAUUGAGCAAUUGCGGACAAUAGCAGCAGAAAAGCUACCAGAUUUAAACUGCAGCACCAUUGAAUCAGCAAUGAGAAUUAUAGCUGGGACUGCAGCUAAUAUGGGAAUUGAUGUUGAUCCCCCUAUCCUCCAACGAAAAGUGAAGCAAGUUGUGUAAUCCUCUUCAUUAGUUGUUGCUUAUUUAUCUACUUGUAUUUUGUAUCAUAGUUUCUAUGAAAUUCCUUCAAAACUUCAUUAAUUCUAAACAAGGCAAAUGAAACGUGUGCGCCUAAUUUUCUGA